UUCAUGUAACACUCAAUGAAUAGACUUCUUUAAAGAAAAGGUUGGUUUCGUACCCAGUUUUUUCCCUGCUUUUCGUACGCGUUCGAACGAAGAAUGGCUAAAUUCGUUGCUGCAGUUCUGUUUAUCUGUUUUCUAGUAUGUAUUAUACUUUGCUUAUGGAAUUAUUACAACAGAUCAUUCAUAUCUGGCGUUGACAAGAAAUUUGUCCUCGUCACCGGUUGCGACUCUGGCUUCGGGCGGGAAACAGCCCUCACAUUGGACAAACUGGGAUUCGGUGUUUUCGCGACAUGUUUAACGAAAGAAGGAGAGGAAAGCUUGAAAGCAGUGACAAGCAGUAGAGUGUUUCCUCUACAUCUUGACGUUACUGACUCGCACAAGAUCAAAGCUGUUUAUGCAAGGGUGAAAGAACUGUUACCUCCAGAUUGCGUCCUUUGGGGCGUGGUCAACAACGCUGGGGUGGCAAGGCUUGGAUUAAUCGAGUGGAUGCCAUUUGAUGAAUUCAAGCAAGUUGCCGAUGUCAAUCUUUGGGGCUUGAUUGAUGUCACUAAGACUUUCCUUCCACUUGUUAAAAAAGCUGAAGGACGAGUGGUGAACUUUUCCAGCAUGUUAGGACAAUUGUCAGUUCCCACUUCCUGUGCUUAUUGUAUCACAAAGUACGGCGUAGAAGCUUUUUCUGAUGCUUUGAGACGAGAGAUGAGCCCAUGGAAUGUAAGAGUCAGCAUCAUAGAGCCCGGAUCAUUCAAAACUGGUCUUAUGGACGGUAACAGAGCUGAGAGGAUAUUUAGAGGACACUGGGAGUCUUUGAGUGAAGAAAUCAGGGAGGAUUACUCUGAAGAAUAUGUGGAGAGACUGAUCAAGAUUUUCCAUAAAGGUUUGGAUAUGUGUUCCGGUCACACGUACAAGGUUGUUAAUGCUGUUGUGGACGCACUGAUGUCAAACAACCCUCAAACACGAUAUCAAGUUGGCUUAGAUUCAAAACUGGUGACGUUUAUGGCUCUUCUUCCUUCAUCUGGUCCAGACAUGGUUCUUCAACGAUUAAGCAGUCUUAAGUAAACAAUUUAUGGUAAAUAAAAUAAAACAAAAUGAAUAACUUUUAUUUUAGUGUCAAUUUUAUUUAACAUUGUUGUGCUAAUUGGGGACACUGUGAGUAAUUAAAACAAAUUUUGCAAAUACAGUAGAACAUAAAUCCUCCCAACAGGUGGGAGGCUGACCAGUUGGCUAUUUACACAAUGUGGUGGUGGAGGAGUUGAAC